GUCUGAGAUCUUGGUUGCCUAUGGGCCUUUGUAUGACCAUUCAUCGAAGAGGCCAAGGAUCACUGAGUUCUUUGGCAAGCCCGCUCCUCCGGAUGGGCCAGAUGCUGGCCCCAGCGGCCCUGAUGCUCCCAAGCCUCCAGCUCCGAAGCCACCCAAGGAGGAGGCACCGGCACCGCCGGAGCAG